UAAAUUCCGAUCAAUUUGGUUUUGUACAGACGGCGCCGUCGGUGCCGCCGUUCUCGUCAUGACGUCGAAUCAAUCCUUCUCCGACCUCCUCCUGAGCAGCAACGACUUGGACGACAUGAACAACGAAUGCUUGGACCAGCUCACUGCGGAUGUGGUCAAUCGAAGCAAGAACGCAGAUGCUGCGUCUGCCGCCAAGGCUGCCGGCUUGAAGCGCAAGCCCAGUGCGUCCUUUCAGAAGCAACGGUCCCAGGUAUAUGAAUACCUCCCUGAGGACGACAACCCAUCUACCACCGCGACGGGGUACGACUACUUUGCCGACUACAAGGACGGCGAAGCCACGACGUUUGUCACAGCCACCGGGGAACAACAUGUGGUGGGCCUCGGGUUGGACCUGGACAGCCUCGUGCCCUCAUCUACAUCGACAUUGGUGCCAGAUCCCAUUCCGUUCAAGGAGGAGUCACAUCCUACGUCCGCUUCCCCCGUGAGCCACAUUGAAACGAUCCCCGACAUCAUCCACCUGUCGAUUCCAUCGUCCACGACGCCCUUCAUCGACGGCACGGCCGAUUCCGCGCAACGCGGAGGUCGCGGCCACGUUCAUCGCAACUCGGUGGAACUCACGGGCCUAUCGCAUCAAUUCGGCCUGCAAACAUCCAUGGCGCCGCCUGGCUCGCCCGUGCAUCAGCAGCAUCGCAUACCUCCUUCCAACAUGAUCAUGCCUUCUUACGCCCCGGCAUCCCCCGUGAACCCGCUUCAUAUGGCGUACCCCACGUCUCCGGCACAUCAUCACAUGCAACUGCCGCCGGCGAUGAUGCAGCCGUCAUCCCCCGUCCGCCAUCCCGCCAACGGGUUGCUCAUGCCAUUACCCAUCUCGGUGUUUCCCAGUGGCCCCAUGAACAUGUACGGGUACGAUCCAACGAUGCUGAUGCCGCACAGCCCCGCGCUAAGCUCGGGCAUGUCGGACCACUUUGGCUCGUUCAAUAUGCACACUCUGUCGCAGCCAAACUCACCCAGCAGCCACAGCAGCAGUUCCCAUGACAAGAACAACAAUGCAGACUCUGGGCGGGAAAAACGAGAGUACAAGUGCCGGCAAUGCGGCCAACCCAAGAGCGGACACACGUGCACGUCGAUCAAGAGCAUGAUGGACAGCGCCGUGCAGAAUGAAACGACGCCGUCCAACAUGACAGAUUGGAGAAUACUCCCAGUCAAGAGCAAGUGGGUCGUAGCGUAGGUAGUUAGUUGCUAAGACACACUGGAGGCGAAGAAUGGCUUUGCAAAUGAAAGAUGCGAUACAGUUUUGGGCGAAGAAUAUGGCUGGAAUGGCUCGGGUAUUUCAAAGUGUAGCAGGGAUAAGUAAUAGCUAUGUACACGGGAUGCGAG